AUGAGCUCCGACUGGUCUUUGGUGAUGGUGAGAGCCCACUACGACGACUUGGCCGACGACGCCGCGGGCUCCCGCUAUGGCUCCGCGUACGUCUUCGACGGGGCCACUGGCGCGCAGCUGGCGAAGCUCCAGGCGAUCAACGGGACCAUCGGGGACCAAUUCGGCCAGUCGUUAGCCGUGAGCUCCGACGGGGCCCGCGUGCUGGUGGGGGCAAACUACGACGAAGACGACGACGACGCGGGCACUGCCUCGGGCUCCGCGUACGUCGUCGGCCUGCCGCACACGACCAGUUUCACAUCUGCUGAUUUGUUCCGCGACGCCGCAUACGACCACUUCCACAGCUGCUUUCACCGCGACCACGGGCAAUACGUCACACACGACCACUUUCACAUCUACAAGUACUUCCACCAGGGCUUCAUCGACCACGCCUCACACGAACAUGGAGACGACGACCGCUAUGAUCACCAGCAUUGA